AUGGGUUUGGCUCAGGCCGAACUUCUUGUUGACAUGCCUCGCCACCUGGGUCAGGCAAACGUUGCUGACUUCACUGGUGAAUCUCCGCUGCCCCAGACUGAUUCCAUUCCUUCCGAAGACUUUCUUUUUGCUUCUGAUGCUCGUUCUUCUCAUAAUACUGCCUCCAAAACUAUUAUACUCACCACUAAAGGCAACCGCUCUGAGAAUACAAGCAGUUGCAGCAACGUCAAAAUCAGUAAUGGUGGUUUUGGCGGUCAUUCUCAGGUCUCUGGUCUGAAUUCAGGUGUUCCAGUUUGUCAACAACUCUGUGGCGUUUGUCUUGCUCCGAUUGUUGCUGGUAAGACCGAUCCAGGCUUAGGAACUUUGGAGGAGCUGAUUAUCCGUCAGUCAUCUCGAAUUCAAGCGAGCAUCGAACUGGCCGGCCAUGUCUACCACGCACCUUGUGCCAAUUUUUGGGUCAAUCGAAUCCGAUUCAGUUUGCCGGCCUUGGUUCCUCCAUGA